AUGGCUAAGCAUCACCCAGAUUUAAUAUUUUGUAGAAAGAUACCAGGAAUUAAUAUUGGUCGUUUAUGUGAUAAAUGUGAUGGUAGAUGCGUGAUAUGUGAUUCACAUAUUAUAAGAAACAUUUCAUCGCCAGUUAGAGUUUGUGAAGAUUGUAGUUAUGGAAUAUGUCAAAAUAGAUGUCUUAUUUGUAAUGCUCCAGGAACGACAGAUGCUUAUUAUUGCACAGAAUGUACCUUACUUGAAAAGGAUAGAGAUGGUUGUCCAAAAAUUUUGAAUGUUGGUACGGCUAGGACUGAUAUAUUUUAUGAAAGGAAAAAAUAUGGACCGUCGAAUGAAUCUCAUACGAUGAGCAAUGAAGAAGUCCUUCAAAAACUUAAAAAUGCAUUUUCAGAAUUGGAUAAUGUACCUGAUUCUAAAAUACUAGCAAAAUUAAAUAGUGAACAAGGUGAAGAAAAUCUAGAGGAUACAAGGAUUUUAGAAAUGACACUUGCAAAAUAUCGUGUAAAAAAACCACAAAUAACAAGUGUUUUGGAGGGUGCAAUAAAACGUAUAGAAGAAAAAGGGGAUGUAAAGAAUGCCAAGCAAGUUAUGGAAUUUUUGUUAGCUGUAAAGUUUAAUACAAAAUUAGAUUUUUCUUCCAAAAAUAAAAAUACUACAGUUUCAAAGUUGUCUGAAGAUAAAAAAUCUCAAGGAACCAGAUACUCAAGUAAUUCAAGUAUUCAUAACAUGACAAAUCCUUUAUUUCCUAGUUUAUCACGAAUCCAAUCAAUGUUACCAGAGCAAAAAGAAUCUCUUAUACUUGAUUUUACAGAAUUUGAACUUAUAAGAAAUAUUUUGUCUGCUCUUCAAGGAAUUGAAUCUCUUAUGUUUCGUCAAAUUGCAAUACCACAAGUAACACAUAAUGAUUCUUUAAGUGCAACUGUUUAUCUACACAAAGUUAGACCGGAACAUCGUAUAAUGAUAGAAGAAAUACUAAAAACAGCUAAAUAUUAUAUUAAAAUAAGCACAUUAUUGAGAUUUCAAGUUUUGGAUACUAUAGGACAAGCUCUUUUAAAAAGUGUUCGUCAAUGUAUAAAUGUAUAUUUUGAGGAAGCUUCAAAUAUGUAUUAUAAAUUUAUGGAGGAUAACAGUUGUAUAAAUUUGUUUUUAAUAUACAAAUUUACUUUAAAAUGGAAAGAACCACUUUAUAUUCUUUUUACUUUAAUGUCAAAAACAAUCAACAAAUGUGGACUUGAUAUUUUAAAUAUUGCAUAUGAAACUUCAAGAUUUAGACCAAAAGACACUUUAACUGGGGAAUUUUUAUCAAAAAUUGUUGAUGCAAUGUUUGCUGAAUUUCAUUCAACACUUAAAUUUUGGUUAUUUAGGGGACAGGUACCAGAAGGUGUUAAUCAUUGGAUUAUUUCAAAGAAUGAUGAUGUAUCAGAGAAUAGAAAAUGGACUGAUUGGGUUGUUUUAAAUAAGGAUAAACUUCCAGUCAGUCUACUUCCUAUAAGUGAUAUAUUUUAUAAAAUUUUAUCAAUUGGUAGAACUGUUUUAUUUUUAAUGGAAUCAUCAAGUUCUCUAUCAUAUGAUUCACAAGAAGAACAAAGGGUUGAAUUAUUUAAUCGUCUUGAUCCUUCUUUAUCUUAUUAUGAUUUGGGACAUAGAUCAUUAUUAUCUGGUACAAUCUAUGAAAUGAAUCGUUUAGUUUCAGCAGAUAUGGUACAUACUAUUUUAAAUACACAUCAUUUUCAAGAUCAUCUUGAGGCUUUGCGUCGUCAUUUUCUUUUAACAUGCCCAUCAUAUUUUGAAAAUAUUCAUGAUUCUUUUGAAGAAUUAAAUAAUACUUUUUGUGACUUUUCUUCAGACAAUUCUCUGCCAUUUUUAUCACAACGUGUUCACUUACAUACUUUAUCAGUUGAUGAGGCUAUCCGUAUUUCAAAUUCUUGGAGAGGACUAAGAAUAGAAAAAUAUUUUAUCAUGAAAAGUGCUGAAGGAGAAUUUGGUGCAUCAAGUCAUACACAUUCAAGUGGUUCAUCAAGUUUAGGUCAUAAUUCUUAUUACAAUAGAAAAGUUAAUUUAACAUAUAGAGCACCUCAACCAGUAGGAAUAAUAUUAAAUGAUAAAAAUGUAGCUUUGUAUGAAAAAAUAUUUAAUAUGGUAUUUGAAAUACGUGGUGUAGCAUUAAAAAUUGAUAGAAUUCAUACAAAGUUACGUUCUGUAGUGUUAUCUUUACGAAUAAAUUGCAAAGAAAUGUUACCAUUAAUGUAUAAAUUUCUUGGAAAGAUUCAUAUUAUGAGUUUAUUUAUAAACAAAGUGUUAUACUAUAUUUAUUAUGAUGUCAUACCAUUAGCACAAAAAAAAUUGGAAGAAGAUUUAGCAAAUGUAAAUGGAUUAGAAGAUAUUAUGCAGUAUCAUUUUAUGUAUUUAGAAACAAUUAAGAAAGGAUUGUUUAUGUCUAGAAGAAGUUUUUCUGUUUCUGCUGCAAUAUCUAAUUGUAUAGGAAAAAUUAGUGACUUUUUAGUACUAUCACAAAAAUUAAUUGAUUUUUGGUAUAAUUAUGAAAAAGUAUUAACACCAGAUCCUACUUUUAAACAUCCUGCCAAUGAUACAGUAGUUUUUGAAGCUGAAGAGUACCAAUCAAGAAAGUUAUCAGUAAUUGAAACUUUUGAAAACACUAACAAGAAAGAAUUCUUUAAUAUUAGUAUACAAUUUAAUAAAUUUAUGGAAGAUGUUAUACAAUAUGCAACUGAGGAUGUUUCUAAUAAUUUUAUGCCAUUGAAAAAACAUUUCCUAGUUCUGAUAGAAGUUUUUUAA